AUGCAGAAAAUUCCAUUGCAAGUGUUUCUUUUGGAUAACUGGACCAAGAAACUUCACAGCAGCGUCUAUCUAUCCAAUCGCAACACCCUUUUCGCUUCGCUCUCAGCCUUCGCGUCCGACGAAUUCCAGAAAACUACAACCAUCGCCGCCGGAGACCACUCCGCCGCCCUUUACGGGAAAUUUUUCUGCCGUGGAGACCUCAACGUCACCGACUGCCACGACUGCAUAAGGGUCACCGUCAAGGAACUCGAGGAGCUCUGCCCGGGGGUCAACGGAAAGGCCAUGAUAUGGUACGACCAGUGCCAGCUGCAGUAUUCCAACCACCCCUCCUUCUUGGGCACCGUGGCUACAAGGCCCUACGUUUAUCUUUUGAACGCGGCGAACGUCACUGAUAAAGACCGGUUCACCCUGCUGCUGAACAACACCAUGAAGGAGGCGGCUGUGGAGGCAGCAAGAGGCGGGAAAAGAAGUUCGCAACCAGAGAUGAAAACGUCAAUGGGUUCCAGACGCUGUACAACCUCGCGCAGUGCACGCCGGACCUGUCUGGUGAGGACUGUGCCAAAAUACAUCGUCGCCACCCCCAGCGGCGUCCCCUCCAGCUUCGCCGCCACAACCCAGUUCCAUUACGCGUUCCGGAAAGAAAAGAGUAUCGUCGGUGAUCAUUAUUGUUGCCAGUGUAGUCCCGUUCUUGUCACUGCAUUGCUAGUUGCCACAGGUUACUACUUUCGCAUAAGAGCCAGAAAGAAGCACAAUGCUCACAUUGAGCAAGACAAUGCUGCGAAUGAUAUAACGGUAGAGUCCUUGCAGUUCGAUUUUAAAACUAUGGAAACCGCCACAAGCAAGUUUUCUGAUGAUAACGUGUUAGGAGAAGGUGGAUUUGGUAAAGUAUACAAGGGAAAGCUUCAAGACGGACGAGAAAUAGCUGUCAAGAGGUUAUCCAAAAGCUCUGGACAAGGUGCAACCGAAUUUAAGAAUGAGGUUGUAUUGGUAGCCAAGCUUCAACACAUAAAUCUUGUGAGUCUUUUGGGAUUUCGCUUGGAAGGAGAUGAAAAGAUACUUGUAAUGCCCCAACAUUAAACUGGUUUAAGGCCGAAUUUAGUGAGGUGUUGCUACUUAAA